AUGUCUUUCGCGAAUAUUCACCCACGCUCCCAACAGACAAAUGUCGUCGUUACAGGCCUUACCGCCGCUGUAAUCCUAUAUACACGCUCCGCUGGCAUAGCGUAUUUCGCGCUAGGAGCGGUCGUGUGUUCCAGAACAGUAAAAGCGAUAAAGAGGUUCAUUCGCCAGCCGCGUCCCUUACACUCUUCUUCAGACCACCGGAAGAAAUCGUACGGUAUGCCGAGCACACAUUCGGCCGUCAUAACGUAUUACGCAGCCUAUACCGUCUUGGCUUCGGCGUAUUUGCCAAUUCAUCCGACAGUCCCCGAGACACCCUGGACGCGAAUCGUGAUUCCCUUCGUUGUUGUUCCAUGGGCGACGACAAUAGCACUCUCCCGCAUUUGGCUUGGGCACCAUACCGUUCCACAGGUGCUCGCAGGUUGCGUCCAUGGUGUCCUCUUCACCUAUAUGUGGUAUUCCAUUUGGCUUCGAGGAGCCAAUGACUAUGGUCAAUACCUUGAACAGACGUACUUCACUCGACCAUAA